UUGUGGCGUCUUCAGACCUCCCGUGGUCCCCUCUGACCAAUGGUUAGCGACACCCCCUACGUACUGUAACCGCGGCGGACGUGCCUUUGUGCCGACCCUGAUGGCCUCAUAGCGGCCGGCCAAAUCACCCACCCCACGGGCGUAAGACCGCCGCUGGACUCGCCGGACUCGCCGCGGAGAUGCUGAGCGGGGCCGUCUGUCGUGCCAGGCCCAGGCUGGGCAGCCUCCUGCUGGCGCCCGUCCCCACAAUGGCACCAGUACCACUACCAGUGAUGAGCGGACGCCGACUGAGGUCCACGUCGUCCCUGCAGGGCUUCUCCGAAAUGUCGAGAGAGCGCUCCAAGACGGUGACAUCUUUUUUUAACCAGUCAGCCAUUGAUACAUCAGCGGAGAAGGCUUCGGUGCGACUCACGCUGGCGACACUGUUGUAUUCUGGCAAGUCCCCGGAUGGACACCACAUCCUGAGCAGUGCCAAGUACCUGCACAAAGAGCUCCCCGUACGCAUCGCUCACCGCAUCAAAGGCUUCCGCAGUCUGCCUUUCAUUAUCGUCUGCAACCCCACCAUCCUGCAAGUGCAUGAACUGUACAUCAGAGCCUACCACAUGCUCAGCGACUUUCCCUCUAUCCAGGAUCAGGACGCAGAAUCUCGUUUCUGCAAGUUGGUGCAGCAGCUCUUGGACGACCACAAGGACGUGGUCACGAUGCUGGCUCAGGGCUUCAGGGAGUGUCGCAGGCACAUCCAAGAUGAGACCAUCAUCCGAAACUUCCUGGACACCACGCUGUGCUCCCGCCUGGGAAUACGCAUGUUGGCCACGCACCACCUCGCCUUGCAUGAAGACAAUGCCGACUUUGUAGGCAUCAUCUGCAGACGUCUGUCGCCCAAAAAGAUCAUUGAAAAGUGGGUGGACUUUGCAAGGCGACUUUGUGAGCACCAGUACGGCAACUCUCCCCGAGUUCGCAUCAACGGCCACGUGGCGGCCCGCUUCCCCUUCAUCCCGCUGCCGCUCGACUACAUCCUGCCCGAGCUGCUCAAGAACGCCAUGAGGGCCACCAUGGAGAGCCACUUGGACACGCCCUACAACGUGCCCGACGUGGUGGUCACCAUCGCCAACAACGACAUCGAUUUUGUCAUCAGGAUUUCGGACCGCGGUGGCGGCAUCCCACACAGAAUCAUCGACAAGGUGAUGGACUACCACUUCAGCACGGCCGAGGAGAGUGCGCAGGACCCCCGCAUGAACAACUUCUUCAACAACAUCACCAACAGCGGCAACCAGUCUGGACCCAUGCACGGCUUUGGUUUCGGCCUGCCGACGUCGCGGGCGUACGCCGAGUAUCUGGGCGGCUCCUUGUCCAUUCAGUCCAUGCAGGGCAUCGGCACCGACGUCUACCUGCGUCUGCGCCACAUCGACGGCAAAGCCGAAAGCUUCCGAGUGUGACCUCGCCCUUCUCCCCCCCCCCCCCCCCCCCCAUUUUUGUUUCUAACACUCCUUUUUUCUUUCCUGUCUUUGCCUUAGACGGAUUAUAAGCUAUGUUAGCUCUCAAGUUGAGGACUCGGAUUUAUGAUUUUUUUUGGUUUGAUUGUUUUGUUUUGUACCCUGUGUUACAAAAGGUGAAAGAAGUUAGUUAGUUGACAUGAAGUCAGUCCCGCAGCAAGACAAGAGUUUGUGAUGAAGGAUGGAAAAAUAAGUUGCCAAAACACGCUCGCUAAUAUUUUCAGCCUUAUUUACUCCCCACAUUCUUCUUUGCUGCCUUCAUUAAACUGCACUUAGUUCUACUUUCUCUCUAGCGUACCGCAGAACUAUCGUCCUUUUUUUUGUUUUAUUUACUUUUAUGCUUCGUUUGUUACGGUAUAUAUCAAGUUGAAGGUUUGUCUUUAGCUUUUUUUUGUACAAAAGGCACCCUCUAGCUAGUUAGCAACUCCAGUUAUGACGUCAUGUUGACGGAAGUUAAAGCUAGCAAAAAACUUUUUUUUUUUUUUAUAACGGUAUUUUUAUCAUUUCAUUUAACACUCAAGUUUUUUUUUUCUAACUCUCAGCAUGGCUCAAAUGCGAGAGUAGUUGUCUCCCAACCUGAAGGCCAUGGGUUCGAUCCCCAAUCAAGGUAUCCUUUAGCAAGCUUGUAUUGCUGCGUCAUCAUCAGUAGGUGAAACAAUUUCGCCAUAUUAUCGUCAAGUCUCCCAACUUUUUAAGGUGAGAACGACUUUUAAAGGACUUUCAAGCCGCGCCGCCAUGUGAAGUUAAUUGGGUUGAUGAGAAUAGGUGUGUAAAUAUGUAGUUAGUGCAUGUCAGGAUGGGAAGUCCAUACCUCAAAGCUGCCGUUGAAGAAGUCUGGAGUGCCCUCUGCUGGACAAAAAUAAAAACAAAAGGUGACUGACGCAUAUUUUUUUUCUUCUUCAGUCAAAUUUUGGAAGUUGGUCAUCUUCCUUCUUUUGAGGUAAAUGUUUAAUGUAGAAUUAAGUAAAGAAAGAACAUUCUCCAGAUAUGAUAAUUAUUUUACUGACCUUUGUUGUGUUCACAUUAAAGUUGACAUGUUUGGACCUGU